AUUCAUCAGCAUCUGAGGAGGCACCCUCACAACCAUCUCAGGAGAAACCCUUCACGCUAAUUAUGUGUGAGCCGUUUCCUAUGUAGCCUGCUGAGAGCACCUAUUGGCUGUGAUUUGUGUGGCACAGCAGAGGGAGGGAGGCGAUGUCAGUGUCACCUCCAGUCUCCUUAUCCCCAGCACCAAUUCAGUGCAGGAUUUUUUUCCAGGCUCUCUUGCUGUUGCUAUGGCUAUGAUCAUCAUUCCUGCAACGAAACACCCAUGUGACCUGCUCUAUUAUGGCUGCUCUGAUGGGAGGCCGGAUCUUCCUCCAAGCAGUGAAAAUGCAUGGAAGUUAUGUGGGGUCUCACAGCUUAAAUGAUGUAUGGAUCCUUCUUGAUAGAGAUUUAUAGAUCACGUCAAAUAGGACCUUUAGGGCGGCUUUCUGCAGAAACAGCCCAUGGGGUCUCCAGUUUCCUUUGUCUUGUCCAGAAUGGCAGCCUGUGGAGGAAACAUAAAGAAUAAAGUCACAGUUAAUAAGACCGUAUGGGACUUUCUUAACAAGGAGACCCCUUCCAAACUUACAAGACUUUGGGAAGAAAACAGAGUGAGGAUACUGAUUGAUGGUGAAACAUCUGAAAUCUAUGUUCUACGACUAUCCCCUGAAAGUCAUGUUCCAGCAAAUGCGCUUUAUUUAGCCAGAAAGGCACUGAAAUCCCUUCUUAAGGAGACUGAGAAGGAGUUGAAGAAAUCAUAUAAACAGCACCAGUUGACUGGAUGUAUGGCUUAUGGUGAUAAGAAUAGUGAACAUGCAACAGAGCUGCACCUUCGAGGAACAUAUUCCAGGGGGGCACAGAGCACUGGUGGCAAAGGACUUCCUGGGUGUGCAGGAGGGGGGGCUAGCAGCAGUCAUAGCAGCUCUCGAGAUCAUAGAAGGGAAGACCCAGAGGACGAUCGAGAGAACCAAUGUCCCAUUUGUCUGGGUGAGAUUCAGAACAUAAAGACACUGGAGAAGUGCCAACACUCGUUCUGUGAGGAUUGUAUUACCCGGGCACUGCAGGUGAAGAAGGCAUGUCCAAUGUGUGGCCGUUUCUAUGGGCAAUUGGUGGGUAACCAGCCAGAAAAUGGUAGAAUGUUGGUAUCCAAGGACUCCGGUCUGCUGUUGCCUGGUUAUGAGAAAUAUGGGACCAUUAUUAUCCAGUAUGUCUUCCCACCAGGCAUUCAAGGGUCAGAGCACCCCAACCCUGGAGUAAGGUAUCCGGGAACAACACGUGUGGCUUACUUGCCUGAUUGCCCUGAGGGAAACAAAGUUCUAACGCUAUUUAAGAAAGCCUUUGACCAACGUCUGACCUUUACCAUUGGGACUUCAAUGACUACAGGGAGGCCCAAUGUCAUAACGUGGAAUGAUAUUCACCACAAAACUAACUGCACAGGAGGACCACAGCUAUUUGGAUACCCAGACCCAACCUACCUGCUGAGAGUCCAGGAGGAGCUCCGAGCAAAAGGUAUCACAGCUGACUGAGAGGGAACUGUUCUUCACAGGACUAGAAGAGGAAUGUUGAAUAAGGAAAUUGUGUGUGUUCUGUUAAUUGGCUCAAACAGACAAUUAUUCUUGUGGAAAAACUGCUUCUUUUUUUUCUCCAUCCUCCUAUCAUCCUAGCUUUUUUUCCAAUCUGUUUGACUACAGAAAAUGGACAAAUGUCAAAAGCAGAUCUGGAACCUUGGGGAACACUGAAACGUGACACUCUACUACCAUGUUGAACAUGGAUGCUUACUAUUUGGGUUUACCUUAAUGGUGAAUCAGUUUAAGAUACCAUGAACAAUGGUGUGCCAAUACUGAACAUUUUACAGUGGAAGAGACACAUAGAGAAUCACUGACUAAUUGCCUGUAGCAGUCUUGCUUCAUAGCUGGUUAUCUAUUAGUGCUCAUUCUGAUUCGCCUAUAGUGUUUGGUUAGAGUUCUGAAAAGAAUAACACCAGUCUGUGGGAUUUGCAGUGCAUUAUGAUUUCUUCAGUUAAAAAAUGGUUUAAUAAACUUGGAGUUGCAACAUCU